CCUCCUGGGCAUCAUCAUCAUCAUCAUCAUCAUCGUGGUCAUUAUCAUGGCGCACAGCCAGAUCUACUAUUCGGACAAGUACGACGACGAGGAGUUCGAGUACCGGCAUGUGAUGCUGCCAAAGGACAUCGCGAAGCUGGUUCCCAAAACUCAUCUCAUGUCCGAGUCAGAGUGGCGGAACCUAGGGGUUCAGCAGAGCCAGGGUUGGGUUCACUACAUGAUCCAUGAACCAGAACCCCAUAUCCUGCUCUUCCGAAGGCCGUUGCCAAAGAAACCAGAAAAGUGAUAUUCACAGCCUCUCUUCCAUGUUUGAGAUACAAGCACCUUGUUAAACAAAAUACAAAGAAACAACUACUGUGUGUUUGGGGGGGGGGUUUAAAAGACGUUCUGGAAAUGUUUUCAAUACAGCUGUCAAGAAAAUGCCACUCAACACAAGCAGCACACCACGGACAACGUGUGGGAAAAGCUUCCCUCACUGCAAAAGAUUGUCUGCUGGAAAGGACUAAUUUAGCUAUCGAUGAUUUUGGCAUUGCUAAAGGCAUGUGCUCCAUGCAUAUAGCUGGGCCAAUGUGAUUUUUAAAUCCCAAAGGAGGUGGGGUGUGUCAUUGCUUGGCUAUUUUUUAAUAUGUGUUUCUUUUAAAAACGUGUAUUUCAAGUUAUCCUUUGGAACAUUUCAAGUUAUUCUAGAUAUGGCUGUCCUUCAGGGCCAAUCAAUAAAG